GUCACCUCCGCCGGCGUGCGAGUUUCCGGUGUGAUGGCAGCUCGCGGGGCAGGGGGCAGAUAUGUGGGGCAUUUGGACACGAGCGCGUGUUUGUAGCCAGGUGUGAUGGCGGUGAUGCAGUUCGUCCGGCUGCUUACCUGUCGGCCGACGGUCCGCGCGCUCCGGAGGUACAGCAAGCUGUCUCCGGGUUCAUCUGAGCGGCUGCGACUCUUUGAGUCUCUGAGGGAGAAGCGAGUCCAGAAGCAGAUGUCUGCAGAGAAGCCGGUGAGGAUCGAUCUGAGUGACGGACGGACGUUUAGAGGAACAUCUGGAGUGACGACGCCGCUGGUUGUAGCUCAGAACCUUCGGGUUAAAGGAGCUCUGGUCAGUAAAGUCAACGGGCAGUUGUGGGAGCUGGGACGCCCCCUGGAGGACGACUGUGAACUGCAGCUGCUGGGCUUUGACACAGUGGAGGGAAAACAGACAGCAUGGAGGACAGCAGCGUGUGUUCUGGGUGGAGUUUUGGAGAAGAUGUUUGGAGCGGAAGUCUGCAGAGAAGGAACGACAGAACUGGGAUUGUUCUGUGACCAUCAGCUGGAGAACAGGGAGGUGUCUCUGAGGGAGGUGGAGCUCAGAUGUCAGGAGGCAGCAGCUCUCAAACUUCCGUUAUUCAGUCUGGAGCUGAACAGAGAAGAAGUCCAGCAGCUCUUCCAGAGCAGUGAUCUGAGGCUGCAGCUUAUUGAGGAGCAGAUGAAGGAUUCUGUUACCGUCUACAGGUGUGGAGACGGUGUGGGGGUCUCCAGCGGCCCCCUCCUCCCCCACACAGGAGUCCUCCAGGUGUUCAGGAUGCUGCAGCUCUCCUCGGUGACUCUGUCCAAUCAGACGGCGUCCUCGGGUCUGACUCGGCUCUCAGGUGUGGCGUUUCCAGGUGAGAAGGAGGUUCAGGAGUGGGAGAAGGAGCAGGAGGAGGCGAGGAGGAGGGACCACCGACGCAUCGGGACGGACCAGGAGCUGUUCUUCUUUAACGACGUCAGUCCAGGAAGCUGCUUCUUCCUGCCGAAAGGAGCUCACAUCUACAACACGCUGACCGACUUUAUUAAGAGCGAGUACCGGCGGCGAGGCUUCAGCGAGGUCGUGACCCCGACGCUCUACAGCACGGCAUUAUGGGAACGCUCGGGUCACUGGGAGCACUACAGCCAGAACAUGUUCACCGUGACGACGGAGGGGUCGCAGCGCUACGCCCUGAAGCCCAUGAACUGCCCCGCCCACUGCGUGAUGUUUGAGCAGAGGGUUCGCUCAUGGAGGGAGCUUCCUCUGCGAUGGGCCGACUUCGGGGCUCUGCAUCGGAACGAACUGUCCGGAGCUCUGGGAGGUCUGACUCGAGUUCGCAGGUUCUGUCAGGACGACGCUCACAUCUUCUGCACACCUGAGCAGCUGGAGCAGGAGAUCGUGUCGUGUCUGGAGUUUACCCGGAGCGUUUAUCGGGUGUUUGGGUUUUCCUUCCACUGCCUGCUGUCCACCCGGCCGACGCCCUGCCUGGGAGAGCCGGAACAGUGGGACGAUGCUGAACAGCAGCUGGAACGAGGUCUGCAGCAGUUUGGAGAACGCUGGGAGCUGAACCCUGGAGACGGAGCUUUCUACGGACCAAAGAUCGACGUCCAGAUCAGAGAUGCUCUCGGCCGGCAGCACCAGUGCGCCACCAUCCAGCUGGACUUCCAGCUGCCCAUCCGGUUCCAGCUUCAGUACGUCGGGUCUGAUGGAGUUCUGCGCCGUCCAGUGAUGAUCCACAGAGCUGUUCUAGGAUCAGUGGAGAGGAUGAUCGCUAUCCUGGCAGAGAACUGCGGAGGGAGAUGGCCCCUGUGGUUGUCUCCUGCUCAGAUCUCUGUUAUCCCUGUAGGGGGCAGCAGUGAGGCGUACAGCAGACAGGUGGUGCAGAGGUUCCAGGAGGCCGGCUUCAUGGUGGACCUGAACGACGACGCCGGAGCCACCUUAAAUAAGAAGAUCCGCUGGGCUCAGCUGGCCCAGUACAACUACAUAUUUGUUGUGGGCGAUAAGGAGCGUGACGGCAGCUCAGUGAGCGUGAGGAGUCGAGGAGGGAAGCAGCUGGGCAGGAGGCCGAUGGAGGAGGUGCUGAAGGAGCUCAUGAAGCUACGAGACUCCAGGAGCAACGACGAAGACUUCUGAUGAGGAAACUCUUUGAUCUACAGACCGCUGACAAAAAACACAAUAAAAAUCUAUAAAACCUCA